AUGCCAACAUUUCCUCAAUCGUUUCCUAUGAACGGUGGUGAUGGUCCGCACAGUUACAUCCACAAUUCCUCUUAUCAAAAAGUAGCGAUAGAUGGCGCUAAAGAAAAGACAAGUGAAGCCAUCCUAAAAAACCUCGAUCUCGAACUCUUGAACCGUAAUUCUGAUGAAAAUAUCUUAAGAAUUGCGGAUUUUGGUUGUUCUAUUGGACCCAACACGUUCGAAGUAGUCCAAAAUAUUAUCGAUACGGUGAAGCAAAAAAACCUAAAAGAAAACAAUGCCUAUAUUGGUGCUCCUCUCGAGUUCCAAGUUUGCUUCAAUGAUCAACCAAACAAUGAUUUUAACACACUUUUUAGAACCCAACCUAUCUCUUCCAAACAAGCAUAUUUAUCGGUUGGAGUUCCAGGAUCUUUCCAUGGUAGAGUAUUACCAAAAAAUAGCCUCCAUAUCGGUCACAUUACCUAUGCGCUCCACUGGCUUUCUACAGUUCCCCAACAUGUUUGCGACAAGAAAUCUCCGGCAUUGAAUAAAAGCUACAUUCAAUGUAAUAAUUUAGUAGAGGAAGUGACUGAAGCUUACCGGGUCCAGUUUAAAAAGGACAUGGGAGAUUUUCUUGGGGCAAGAGCUGAAGAGCUUGUUUCGGGCGGAUUGAUGAUCCUAUCAGGACAAUGCUUGCCCGAUGGUGUCCCUAAGGCUUUGACAUGGCAAGGGGUUGUGAUCGAUAUGAUUGGAGAUUGUCUUAUGGAUAUGGCUAAACAGGGAAUUACGACCAAGGAAAAGAUCGAACUGUUCAGUUUGCCCAUAUAUAUUCCGCAUAUUAGUGAAUUCAAGGCAGAAAUAGAGCGAAAUGAAAACUUUAGUAUCGAGACAAUGGAGAAGAUAAGUCAUCCUAUGGAUUAUAAGCCACUAACCAACGACUUCAUCACUUCCAUGUUUCGAGCCAUUCUCAAUACGAUUAUUGAAGAACACUUUGGAGAUGGUGUGGUCAAUGAGCUAUUCGAUCGAUUUGCUAAGAAGCUCAACAAGUACCCAAUUGAUUUCAAAAGGUGUAAAAAGUAUGUGAAUUAUUUUAUCGUGCUUAAAAGAAAAUAA